AGCUGUACCAUCUCUGAAAAGAGACAGGCAAAGAUGAAAUUCAACAUAAAAAUACACUUAGCAUCUUAGAGCUCCAGGCGUCUCUGGGUCUGUGCGGGGUCAGGCCAGCUCACUGCCACGUUCAGCUGUAAAUAUUGAGCACACCAACACGUCGGUGCCAUGCAAGGGCUGCAGGUGGACUAACACAGGCGGCCCUCCAGCUCUUCACGCCUUCACCCUCACAGCCAGGAUGUUGUGAUGAGAGAAGCUGCUCUGGCUCCCAGGCAAGAGGUGAAGAGUUCCUGAAUCCCUCGGACGCUUAGGACCAGAACCUUCCCCGUGCAGGUUAAUGGUCUAAUGACGCUGGGAUUCACAGGUGCACGUCAACAGAGUGAGCUCUGCAAUGAAUCUCUCAUGUUAGAAAAGUUGCCUGCCUGUGGAAAAUCCUUUGAAGAGAUGAUGAAGAGAGUGGACUCAAAAAAGUGGUGUAACCUUACAGAAUUUAUCAUGUAUUAUGACAACUUUACCCAGUGCACAGAACGUGAAGCCAACAAUGCAAGUUGCUUUUGGCCAAACCCCCUUGCAGAAGGCUUUAUCACUGGAAUUCAUAAACAAUUCUUUUCAAACUGUACUUCAGAAAAGGUUCACUGGGAAGAUCCACCGGAUGAAAUUCUCAUAACACUGAUCUUGAUCCCGGUCUUGUUGACAUGUGCCAUGAUAACACUGGUAGUAUGGUGCAGCAAAAGAAGUGAUAUCUUAGUGUAAGUUCUUCCUCUGGGCUUUCUUUUUCUUCAUUUCUUUCUUCCCUAAACACUAAGAAAGGAGGAUGAAGAGAGGAACAUGGCAUAAAGAUUUCAGAUCUGCUGAAACAGAACCAGUGAGAUAUUUAGAUGCUCCUGUGAAUGAAGAGCUGCCUGCUGCUGCUAUGACACUGCUUCUGUCUUGACCAUGAGUAUUUGCUGGUGGAAAGCUCUACUUCCAUCAAGUCUCAUCAGCAUGGAAUUCACAGGCAGUUCCCAGAAACAGGAGGGUUUCCAGGCAAAUGGACCCCUUGUCUGCAAAAGGAGUAAGUUACUUUCCUGUGGGCAAAGGUGGCGGUAAAAUUUUGCAAAGCUGUAUGUGUGUAAUACUUACUGCGGGGGAAGUGAUAUCUCUUGAAGUUUUGUGCAGGACACUCAGGGUUUUCAUCCGUGAACCCUGUGACUUGGAGAGAUCCCUGGCACAAGAACUGAUUAUGGAUAUAACCAGGUGGCAGCUUUUCUUAGAAGCUGGUCAAAAUCAUCAUUAUCAAAGCUGGGAAGUAUUGUUUUGGCAAAGAAAUAACUUCUGUGUCCAGUGACUGUCUGCACAGGGAAAUUAUCCUGCCACAUUAUAAAAUAGUUCAGAAAAUUCCUUUAAGCAUGGCUGCUUGGAAUCGUAUGUCUUACAAACAAACUUUGGGAGGAUAUUUGAGUCCUACUUUACAGAGCCGGAAAACGUGAAAGGAAAUUGGUUGAUUAUAAAUACACUAAGGAGUAAUGAAGAAACACCAGACUUUUCAUACACCAGACUCUUUAUUUUUCCUCUUUUGUAAUUAUUAUUCUUGAUGACUUGUGUUCACUGUAUACUCCCCACUCUCACUCCAAUUUGUGCAAGUGAUAUACUACAAAUAAAUAUAAAGGUGGCAUGUUGAUUGAGAUGGCUUUCAGAGUAUUGUACAUAAAUAAUUGUUUGUCCUGUGAAGAGUGUGGGAACUAAAGUAUGAACAUCAAAACUUGGAAUAGUAGUAGGAGGAAAGAGAAAAAUUCAACUCAAAAAUCUUAUUCUAUAAAGUUAUGUAAUAGUUGAAAUAAAGAUCAUAUGCUCAAAACAAAAGAACUUCUCUGUGUUGCAAACCUUCUUUUCACAACAUGCCUUCGGUUCAGUGCUCUUCUAUGACUGUGCAAUGUCUGUUACAAGUGACUUUUCAUUUUUCCAUCCCUUAUGCACACAUAUAAAAUACAGUUGAAUGGCGGAGUAAUUAUGUUUUAUAUAUUUUAUAGUUAGAUUUUCUCCUGUAAGGUUCUGGCUCCAUUUUUGAGACUUAGGUCUAUGAUUAUGAAAAGCAUUUCCAUGCUUGAAUCAAUUUACUAGAUUAUUUAUCUACAUACAUUGUGUACAGAUAAAUAAAUAACCCUUAUAAGCUGUACUGGUUUGUUUUCACAUCUGUUCACAAGGGUUGAAGGCACCAACUUCAUUACUCUGAUAUUGGAAUAAUUCAAUUUUGAAAGUGUUUCCUGUGUGUUUUUCCAAAGACUCUUCAUCAUUCUCUAGAUGCUAGCAGAAGUUGCUCUUUGUAAAACAGAAGAUUGAAAUAAUGUAUUAAGCAAUUCUGUUUCAUUUUCUGUUGAACUUUUAUUUUCUGUAUUAAAAUGCAUUGGACCACCAAAACUAGUGGUCUGUUAAGACACCCAACCCAUUCAUUUUAUCCAGAAUAUUGUUUGGUUAAGCAUUUUGUGUGGCCAAACCAAGCAAUUUUAUAUUCUGCAUGGAGUUUCAUUUUAAUUCUCAUUUACUUAAACUUCAGCAAGCUUCAAGGCAAGUUUCAAAACUUUGGUUUGGAAACCACAUAGCAAAAAAUUUGAGUUUUUAAAAAACCACAUUCAUUUCAACUUAAUUGUCAUGCUUGGGGCAAAUUAUGGACCGUUUCGGACUCAUUUGAAAUCAUGUUUACCUAAUGAACAGGUCGGCUGAGAGAUAUCAGUCAGCUUAACUCAUAAGCCUAAUUUAUAAAAUGGAUUGGCCUGGGUACUAAGUGAGGAAGAAAGCAUGAUGAAGUCAUACCACCAGAUGUGUACUGUGGUCUUUAAAAGAAUGCCAUGUUUAAAAUCUCUAGCUCAAAGAGUCUUUUAAAAUAUAAGAUUCAAAGGAACGGAAAUUGUAGAUUUUAAUUCAUGUGCUGUAGAGUAGGGGUAGAGGAUGCUGACACUAGUCUGUGCUUUGGAGGUGAAAAUUUAAUCAUUAUUGUGUGUCUUCCUCAUCCAAGUGUGAUCUUCUGUUACUUUUUAUAUGGCUGCAGAAGGACAGGGAAUUUGAAAGAGUGCAUGGGAAACAACACAGAUUAUUCAGUGUAGUCUCAGUGUUUUAAAUCUGAGAAAUGUUUAUAGUGUUUUUAAGAAAAAUGCAGCUGCAGUAGUUCGUUCUUAACAGUUGUGUACAUUAACAGAGACUCAGAAUGAUAAUUGUUGAAUCUUUUGACAUAGGUUGUACCAUGUGUUGAUGAGAGUUAGUGCAUUUUAGGACCCUUUAAUGUCUCCCCCAAGCCUAUUUCCACUGCCAAGAAAAUCACAUCUGGUACCAAGAAUCUGACUCAUUUAUUAAUUGCAAAUUAAUUUGAUAUCACAACAACGUCUCAGGAAUAAUGAUAUUUAAAAAGAAAUAACUUGUUCAGAAUCCUUCCUAGAACUGCAACUGUGGUUGAUCCACAGCAAUAUUAGGCCAAAAGAGAAGUGCCAGCUAGCUGACAUUGCUAAUUGCUGUGAGUUAUGGGAUUUUUUGCAUUUAGUAGCAACUGUGGAAGUGUGUAUUUCCAUGGGGUAUAAGAGCUUCAGCAAAAAGUUAACAGAAGAUGAUGACUAGCAGGACCAAGGCAAAGGCAGAGAGGGUUGUUAUCUCUUUCAAGAAAAAUAGCAGGAGGCCAGAGGAGGAACAGAGUUCCUUCAGGGCAAGGACAAAAAUGGUCAAGUACACAAAAAAAUGUACUUUCUUCCAGGAUAUGACCUCACCAUAAGCAGGUUAGUAGCAAAUGUCUCUUGGGGCAUUGGUAGGGAAUGGUGAGGAAAUCCUGCAUGCUGUCUGCUUCUGUCCAGCGUUCAUGCGGAGGGAACCAACAGCCUCUCAUUUCUGGCAUCCCCACAAUUAAAUGAAUGUAUAUGGUGUAAAUUCCCUUCUACAGGGACUGGACUUCCAGAUGAAUUUACAGGAAUGCUCAGCAGGUGUGCCCCUUUUUUGACUGGUGUAGGUGGUGUCUCUUCCUGCCUAAAUGUGAUUUGUGCAUCCUGGCAGCAGAUGUCCACCUGUUCCAAUACAUUGGCACUUUUGGAAGCUGAAGCAAAGUAUGAAUUUUGCAAGGCAGCAAGAUGUAAUGCGGCAGUGCUGGACAUUAUUUUGCUUAAGCCUUGAUCGUCAAAAGUAUGAGGGAAUUUCAGAAAAUGAAAGGUCCUGAGUGGUGUUUCCAAAGCCUGAGUUCCAUAGGAGGAAAACUUUCUAUUUUUUAACUCAAGGGUGGUUUGGAAAGAUAAGGACAAUUAGUGACUGUUGUUGCUUCUGAAUACAAGAAUUAUGGAGCUCUCUAUGUGCUUUGAUGGAAAUGCAAUGGUGUCUUAAUACUCAGAAGUGGACAUAGAAAAAGCUAUUGAAUUUUAGUUAAAGAGUCUGUGUUUCUGCUAUUCUAACAGAAUUUUGAAAUAAGAAACUGAGAUCCUCAAAUAGCUCUGUGGAUUUGAUAAGAAAAGGAAAUUUUCUGCACAGUAGGAAAUCUGGGGAGUGUUGAGGCUAGUACCUUGUCUUUGAACUCUCAGCAGAACAUUUUGAAAGGAUACAAAUAGUAAUGGUGAAUAAUAGGCACAAUCUGUCAGCACCAACUGUGCCAAAGCACUCGGGCAGUGGAGGCAGAGCCAGGUGGUCACAGGCAGUACGGAGAUGCUGCCCUGCUUAGAGCUGGCUGGGAGAGCCGACUCUGCUCGGAAUUGUUGGGAAACACAUCAACGCGGUGCCGUACUCGGCUUUGAAGGAUGUGCCCUCUUUGCCUUAUGCAGAAACCAUCCCUAACGUGAUGGCCUGGCUGCUGGAGUGGAGACAGCUUCAAAUGAGUUUGCAGAAGAUGCGCCUUUGUAGAGUUUCCCAGGAGUGUGCAUAUACAGACAAGACUUCCAGGGUACUUGGGGUUUUUUGGAAUGUGCAGGGAUGGCAGUAGCAUAGUUGGAUUUACUCCCUAAGGUUUGACAUUCUGAUAUAAGUUCAGUCCUGUCUAAAUCCUUCAUGGUGGGGUAUUUUUUUCUUUACUAGUUUUUAUAUCUAGGGUGUAGAUGUCUGCAUGAGAACAGGGUCUCAUACUUUGUUUUCAUCACGCUCUAAGGAAGACUCUUGGUUUUCAUGAGAUUAAUGAGAUUAAUGGUCAGAAAUGCUCUCAAAUGGAUCCUAGUGACAGUUUCACUGUAGCUUCAGCUACAAUGUGGUAGACAUCUAAAUUAUAGGAUUAUAGAGGAUGUUAAUCAUGCUCCCAGGUACCUUAGACCUCUGUUCUUCAGUGCCUCAUCUGAGUAGGGAAUAAUUUCAGAAAGAUGUUAUGAGCAUAAGAAGGUGAAUGAUCACAAGUUGCUCAAAGAUUAUUGAGUUGUGGAACCUACUUACAACGAUCUAAUGAUUCAAAAUGACAGCAAUUAGAAAACCAAUGGGAAAUACAGGCAGGGAGAAUUUUCGUGAUUCAGUCAAUUUGGCUAAUUGUUUUUCUUAGUUAUAAUUUUUUAUUUUCAGUAUUUCUUUUUUAAAAUUAAUGGGCUAGAAGGGGAAAAUAAGGAGCCUGUGCCUGUUAAAGCAGAGCCCUAAGUUCCUGAAAAAUGCCAUUGUAUUUCUCAUCUAGGAUUAACAUUAACAUGGCUCUUCUGUCAUCUUCAUUCUCCUGCUGCUCAGAAAAGCAGGAGAAUGCAAUUUUUGCCUGACAGUUUCAAUACCAUUAAAGAUUCAGAGUGACAACAGUGGAAGCUUUUUAGCACAUAGCUUCUUAAAAGUGAAAUAUGUUGAGUGACUUGGGAACUAACUGAACUAUUCUUGGAGAGCACACCAGGGAGCUGCAUAGGUGCAGAGAGAGUGAGUGGGAGCACAGAUAAUUCCACUAACAAAAAUCUCUUUAAAUCCUAGGAAAUUAUGCUACAUUUAAUUGCUCACCUCGUAAAAACAAUCUUAGUUUGUAAUUCAAAAACAACUGGGGAAAACCUAAUUAUGUAUGUAAAUAUGUACCUUAUUUCUCCAUACUCUUCAACAGGACUGUAACAUAACUGCAGGGAAAAUGUGCUCCUAUUUUCCAGCUAUAUUUAUACACAGCAUGCAGAUGGAGAGGAUCCAGUGAUCAAUCACCAUGUUGUUGACAUUAUGGAGAGUGUGAGUGGUGUAUCUGCUCAACAUUUGAUGCAUAAAGAUGUUCUCUAUAAACCAGAAAAUGUUAUGUGGGUGCCUGUCACUGUAAAGAGGAGAUCCCACUGGUUUAUAUUCGUGAGAAACCAUUGGAAGCACAUAUAAGCACAGUGCCAAGCUUCAUUUGAACCAAGACACUUGGGCAGACCAACUGAUAUCAGCCUUGGAGCACACCUGUGUCUGAUCAGACUCCUGUAACACCAAAAUAUUCAGAUUUUGAUAGACAAUAGUGGCCAACUGUUGUAAAACCAAAGAUGCAUAUUUUAUGAGAAUUGAACAAACAGGUUGUUUUGUUAGGAACUUGGAUAGGAACUAAAUUUGAAAGCAAUUGCACAUUCAGUCAUUCUUAUUUCAAAUUACUGUAAUGAGGCUUGGAUUUGAGUGAGCCUUAAUGUUUAGAUAAUUAAACUAUAUAUCCACUUAUAGACAAAAUAAUGCAUGCAAAGUUGCAUUUUGAUUUUUAAGUUGGUCUCUGUCCUUUGCAUUAAUUUUAACCUGAAUGAAGAGAGAAGAGUAAGGAAAAAAAAACCAACAAAUUUUUUUCUGAGGUAUAAAGAAUUUUGAUAAUUUAUUUAAAUAAAUUAUUUGUUUUAUAUAUAAAACAAAUAUAUAAAAUAUAUAAAAUAAAUAAAGUAUUUGUCAGGGUCACAUCUUAGCCAUCAGACCUGAAGGAAUAGCCAAGUCAGAUUAUAAAGGAAAUCUUCUCAACCCUAGUGGGGCACUGUAGUAGAGUGCUCCUUGGGGCUACCUGGAGACACUCUACAGACUGAAAAGCCUCACUUGGAAAGACUUGAGUCUGCUGUCUUUUGAUAAAGGGAAUAAUUUUUAAGGACAACUAUUAGUAAUUGAGGUUACAGUUUAUAGAAACUUUAUAGGAUCAGCAUCUUAGAGACCUGUGCACUGGGAUCCCCAUGCUGGGAUUUUGAAUAAGUGCAUUCCCAUGAGUUUCAGUCUCUAAGGGGAGAUAUUUGCUUAGAGUAUAACAUUUUUGAGGUGGUUGCAAUGAAUUUUCCUGUCAGCAGGGAGUGAAUCCCAGUUCUCUUGGAUGCCUAAUUUGUCCCAGGUUAUUUUAAAGUGAAGAGCUCUGGCAGUGAAUUUUACCCUUUUUAGGAAUUAAUCUAGGCAUUAAAACUAAUUUUUCAAACAUUUGGAGAAACACCAAUAUUUGACAAUCACAUUGGCAGAAUGUUUGCAGGCUACCUGAUUGUUUUUCUGUCUUUCAAUGAUUUGGCUUUGCUAGCAAAAAUAACAUGAUUUAGGAGUACUUUCUUUAACAGAGUAGCAGAACUAGUAGUCCUUUCUAGUAACUAAAGCCUUAAUACUCAACACAAAAUACUCUCAUAAAUCUACUACAUACACUUUGAUUUUCUUAUGCUCUUUUCAAGAAAAGAAACCAUUAAGCAUAAUUUCAGGACUUAAGAUGUGGUAAUUGAGCACUGGAUCCUCUCCAUCUGCAUGCUGGAUAUAAUCUGAAAUAAUUAUGGAAUGAUUUUAUUUAAACGUGAAGGAAAAUGCUUCUGACUCCGUCUGCAUACUUUGGUAGAUUAUAAGACUGAAAAAAAUGCUGUUUUGUGUAAUAUGCAGUAUUGUCAAUGCACACUGUAGGUUAGCAGUUUAGAAUACAAAUCAAGGGCAGAAAUAGGUCACAAAUAUUUCUAAUACUGCAAAAGUGUACUAAUUAAGCAGGAGGAUUUUGCUGAGGAAAAAUCAACAUUAUAGUAUUUUCUCACAUGAAGGGUCCAAUACGAUAGUUUAUGAUGUUAGUUGAAGCUUUCAUGAAAAAAUGAAACCCUAACCCUAGUAGUGAGCAGGAACACAGUUAGAUGAAUGCCUGGAAGAGCAAAGACCUAGAUCUGCAUCAGCUACUGAAGUUUCCCAAAUGUAAACAGUGUUUGAUUUGAGUCUGUCAAAUGUUUUUGCCCUGCUAUGGAUUGCUAUGCCUAGUUGUUCUGGGUUCCAGAAGUUUUAAGAACAUUAAGUUUAAGAGAAGAAACAAAGUUAAUCAAGUAAAAUUUAAAAAACAGUGCAACUUAAGUAAUGUGGAUAUUCCAGAGACCACAAUGCAUUCAGUUCUACAUUGAAAAACCCACAUUGCUCAUCAAUUUUUCUUUUUUCAUCACUUUAGGCUUGCAAAUAUGAAAGUUUUGAUUUCACUUGCUUAGAGAUGGGUUAAUUUUAUGGGUCCAAACUUUAUUUUACAUUCUCUAAUUGUAUGGUAUUUAUAGAGUGUUAUGAACAUGCUAAUCUUCUGCCAAUGUACUUUAUGGUAAAUCAGAGUUGGAUUCCCUUGCUCUCAGAGGACUAACAAAAAGAGUCAACUCUCUGUUUGGAGACACUAGAUGUCCUUUGCAAUUAGUAUCACUCCAAUUGCCAUGAUGAGAAGUUUCAAGAAGAAGUGUGGUAAGAAGUACAGCAGUUCAUCCUUUCUGUUAGGCUCAAAUUCCUUUGAAGAGAAGCGAAUUCAAAGAACAAGAACUUUCCUUUUGGACCACAGCAUGUGCCUGUCUUAACAGUCUCCUUUAAUAAGGUUAACCUUCAUUUUAGCUCAAUGGCCUUAAACAAAUGUCAGUCAAGCAUUAUCUCCACCACUGCAUGUCUUAAUUCUCUUUCAGUCAUAGUGCAGUCUCCAGAGUCGUAAAAUUUUUUGCCCUUCAGAAAUACACCAAGAGGCAUUCAAGAUUCCUUUAAAAUCUUGCUGAUAUUUAUAAAUGUUGUCAAAUGGAAAAUAUUACCUAUUCCCCUUUAUCUUGACUUCUAGAUAGGUUAGAAAGAUGUAUAGAAGGAGAAGUAAAAGACAACAGACAUAUUGUCUUGAGUGAAAAAUGACAAAGUUUCCAGGUGAUGUAAAACUUGACAUAUAUUUUACAGUUCCUGUAACAAGUAUGGUGUCAAAAAUCAUAUAAUCAAUGUAAGUAUUCAUUUAAAUUUUUAUUGUAUUUGUAAAAUUAAUUUAUGCAGAAGUUACUGACAGUUUUCCCUUGUUUCUAAAUUUCCCUAGUAUAUUAAAGUACAUUGUAUAUUGUACAGAGGUUUUGUAACAAGUCAGGACACGUAGGAUGAAUUUGUCAUACUCAUAUUCUGUUGUGCCCAAAGCUAUUAUUAAAAUCAAAGUGUUCAUAGAAGAAAGGCUAAUGCACUAACCAAUUGGACCACCCAGCUCAUAGACAAAAAUAGAGAAUCAUUCUCUGUUUUGAAUAUAUGCUAUUCUUGCUCAUGGGAAUACACAGUUGAAAGGAAAAAUGUGGCUGUUGUUCUUCCUAAUGUUUGUUAUAAAUGGAAUGCACCAUUUAUUACCCUUGUGUAAAGUACUAUGCAAAGUAAAAGUCUUGGAAUAAAGAAAAGAAAAAUACA